AUGAGUACGGACGCUGAGAUGCAAAUCUACGGCAAGGCUGCCAUAUACCUCCGUAAGCCUGAGAGGGAGAGGAUUGAGGCACAAACCGCACCCUUUGAUUCAAAGAACUCCUGCUAUGUGGCAGACAAGGCGGAGCUGUACCUUAAGGGUCUGGUCACUGCCAGGGCCGAUGGGAAGUGUACUGUAACAAUCACCAAACCUGACGGCACUAAGGAGGUAAGCCUGAUCUGAAAAGUAUUCAAGUUCAAGUUCUUGGAAUUACUCUAUUUCAUGACAAAUCAUCAAAAUGAUCAAAAACAUUUCUAUAGACAAUAUUAAAUCAGUAACAACAGAUAGAUUAAACAUUUAUUUGUUUUUGUGUGAGCAGAAUAUAACCUUCAAACACAUUUUAAUGUUGCUAUUUAAAAAAGGUAUGGCAUUUUUUUUAUAUUGGCUAGUCAAGUAUGUCAGUGGGCGAUAACAAAGAAGUGGAUUAAAUGGGGGAUUGAACUGUAAUGAUAAUGAGCAAAAAGCAUUCAGUCACGUCCACUUUGAUCUGUGUGUAAUCUAGAUUUCUGACUGUUUCAGGAAGGAAAAGAGUUCAAAGAUGCAGACAUCUACGAGAUGAACCCCCCUAAGUAUGACAAGAUUGAGGACAUGGCCAUGAUGACCUACCUGAAUGAAGCCUCUGUGUUGUAUAACCUCAAAGAGCGUUAUGCAGCAUGGAUGAUCUAUGUAAGAAACAUGCACAACCACAUACAUAAUAAAUACACAAAUACAGUACUACCAUACAGUGGUCCCAAAAUAUUCACACCCUUGAAAAGGAUUAGAAAAAAUGACUCUAUAAAUAAGUAAUUCAAAUACUGAGCUAUAUUGUGUGCUUAAAAAUGGGGAAAUUAUAGUAUUUUAUAUUAAUACAAUUGCUCCGAGAACGAGAUUUGUAUUUUUCUCAAAAAAGGUAAGGGUCAAAAUUAUUGACACCCCUGUUUUCAAUACCUUUCAAUACAUUUACAUUUACAUUUACGUCAUUUAGCAGACGCUCUUAUCCAGAGCGACUUACAUUAUUAUUAUUUUUUGUAAUUGUUUUCAUACUGGCCCCCCGUGGGAAUCGAACCCACAACCCUGGCGUUGCAAACGCCAUGCUCUACCAACUGAGCUACAUCCCUGCAAGGAUAAAGGCACUGAGCCUUUUUCAAAAAAUAUUUUAUGAGUUGGAGAACACAUUGGGAGGAAUCUUAGACCAUUCCUUCAUACAGAAUCAUUCCAGAUCCUUGAUAUCCUUCGUCUGUACAUAUAAACUGCCCUCUUCAAUUCAAACCACAGGUUUUCGGUGAGGUUCAAGUCCGGAGACUUAGAUCGCCUUUGCAAAAGUUUGAUUUUGUGGCCAAUUAACCACUUCAUUGUGGAUUCUGAUGUGAAGGUGGGGUUAUUGUAUUGCUGGAAGAUGCACUUGCGGCCAAGUUUCAGCCUCCUGGCAGAGGCAACCAGGUUUUUGGCUAAAAUAUUCUGGUACUGGGUUAAGUUCAUGAUGCCUUUGACUUUAACAAGGGCCCCAGGACCAACGGAAGCAAAACAGUGCCAUAACAUCAACGAUUCACCACCAUAUUUUACAGUAGGGAUGGGGUUAUUUUCUGCUUAUGCAUUCUAAUUUCAGCGCCAAAACCAUCACUGGUUGGCUUACCCAAAGAGCUCUAUUUUCAUGUCAUCCCAAAAAAAAAUGGUUUGCUAAACGGCAUUGGAACUUGGAUUUGAACCAGUGCUUUGGUCAGAUAACAUGAAAAUAGAGCUCAAUAAUGUUGAUCCCUAUCUUUUUGAGAGAGAAAAAUAUUACCUGUUAAAAUAUUAAUUUAUUUCAAGCAGUUAUAUUAGUAUAAAAUAAUAUAAUUUUCCAGUUUUUGUGAGCAUACAAUAUAGCUCAGUAAAGUGACACCACUGUAAAUGAACGGUAGAAACCAAAACAUAUCCAUACAGUAGACUCACAUCAGUAUACCAAAGUACACCCACAUCCUCACAUAAAUCCAGGUAAAAGUUCAUCUGACUUCGUUAAUCCCCUAAUUUAAUGAUGCUUUCAUCCAGACCUACUCUGGGCUCUUCUGUGCCACGGUGAACCCCUACAAGUGGCUCCCCGUGUACGACGCAGAGGUUGUCAACGCCUACAGAGGGAAGAAGAGGAUGGAGGCUCCACCCCAUAUAUUCUCCGUCUCUGACAACGCCUUUCAGUUCAUGAUGAUUGGUACGGGCUAUCAUGGAUGGAUGGAUGGAUGGAUGGAUGGAAGUUAAAAUUUUAUGUAGAGAGAUAUCUACUGUUUUCUAGUCUAGCUUAGAACAGUUUGCUGGGAAUAUCUGAUUUCACUAGCCUUGAAUGGGAAAUGUUCCAAAUUGAAAUGAAUGAUGAUGCUAUGAAUGCAAUAAUGUACCCAUAAUGUUGCUUGAGUAUAAUAAGGAAUAUGUUUUUUGGUUACAGAUAAGGAGAACCAGUCUGUCCUGAUUACGUAAGUGGUUUACUAAAAUUUCAUUCUGAUGAACUAAUUAUAUUGUAAUACGUUGGGUCACUUGGGUGUGAUGAAAAUACAUGACAUUAUGAAUGGAUUAUGACACUAGGCUAUGCGUAAUAAUGAGUCGAUGAGAAGGAGUAUUUAUUGAAGAUUUACUUAUGUUAGGAAACAGGUCAACAGUGUAUUUUUCUAUGCUAUUUCUUAGUGAAAGCCAAUCUGACACUCAAACAUGUAACUAAACUCCCUCUUUCUCUGUCAUAUAAACCAGUGGAGAAUCCGGUGCAGGAAAGACUGUCAACACCAAGCGUGUCAUCCAGUACUUUGCUACCAUUGCAGUGUCUGGUGGCAAGAAGGAAGCAGACCCCAACAAAAUGCAGGUAGGUUGUGCUCAUGUUUUCCUUUUUAACACAUUUCAGUUUGGUUGGCUGUGCAAACUUUUUUUUCAGUGGUGAAUCCUGUUUCAAGAAAAGGGUUGAAGCAAUUGAGAAAAACAAACGUUAAAAUUCUACCCGUUUUUGAGCAACUUGUGUUUGUCUCAAUCAGGGGUCUCUUGAGGAUCAGAUCAUUGCAGCUAACCCUCUGCUGGAGUCUUACGGUAAUGCCAAAACAGUGAGGAACGACAACUCGUCUCGCUUUGUAAGUAUGAAGGGCAUACUGUGGAAGUUACCUUAUAUUGGAAAAAUGUAAUUCAGUAGUUCCCUACUGUUAUGCAGAUGUAUGAUAUUAUUUUGAUCACUCUGUUAGGAUUUUGAUUUAUUUGUUGACCUAUUUCUAACCCCCAUGCACUUCUAUAGGGUAAAUUCAUCAGGAUUCACUUCCAAGGUGGUAAACUGGCUAAAGCUGACAUUGAGACCUGUGAGUUGGUUUUGAUUGUUUCUCAAUGCUUUCCUAAAUUCACACAGAUUAUUUUUAAGAGAUUAUCAAAAUUAAAUGUAUCUCAUGUUCUCUCUCUCGCUCUCUCUCCUUUUGCUCUCUUUCUCCCUCAGACCUGCUAGAGAAGUCCAGAGUGUCCUUCCAGCUGCCCGAUGAGAGAGGCUACCACAUCUUCUUCCAGAUGA